UUCAUCCCUGUGUCCCUGGAGCAGAAGGAAGCACAACCUAGACACCCUCUCCUGGGCUUUCAGCACCAUGACUCCCAUGAAGAUGCUGCUCCUGGCUGCCCUCCUCCUGGGGGCUUCUCUGCAGCACACCCAGGCAGCUCGGGCCACCAAUGUGGGGCGUGAGUGCUGCCUUGAGUACUUCAAAGGAGCUAUUCCCUUAAAAAAGCUGACAUCGUGGUACAGGACCUCAGAGGAGUGUCCCCGGGAUGCCAUCGUAUUUCUGACUGUCCAGGGCAGGGCCAUCUGUUCAGAUCCCAAGGACACGAGGGUGAGGAAGGCAGUUGGACACUUGAAAAACCUCAUGAAGUCACGUGGCCCCACCAACCAGAAUUCCUAAUUUUCUCCCGGGAUCACUUGGAGACUUUCAGCCUCAGUGUUCACUACCACCUCCCUCCAUCUUGAGCUGCCAGGACCAGCAGAGGCCUUACAAAGACAAAGAGGAGCCACAGCUAUGGAGACCUCAUCCCCUUUCUGAACCAGAGCCGUGGGCAUUAAAGGACCCAGAUUAAAGUCUCUUUCUGUCA